AAAGUGAAUACAAAUUACAUAGAGUCAAAUCUGCUGCGCUCACCGCUCUCUUUUGCUCCGCCUCUCCAACUGCCGCUCGCAGUGAAGCUUUACUUCCUCUCCUCCACCGCCGGCGAUAAUUUUCAUUCUGUUCUUCUGAUAUUUCCAAAUUUAGAACACCAAUUCGAACUAAAACCUCUUUUAUGGCGUGCUCAUCUCCCAAUUUCCGCCCCUUGCACUCGUAGACCAACUGUUCGAAGAAAUGAUUCUAUGGGUCAAUCCCAUUUUGAGCUCCUUCCCGCCACACUUAACGCAAAUCCCAUCAAAAUCAGCCCAAAUAUCUCACUGUUGUCUCGCCGAUUCGACUGUUCCUGUUAUUUACACCAAAAUCUGUGUGAUUUAUAUGAUUUGCACAAAGAGCUGGUACCGUAUACUGAGGCGUGGUCAUGGCAAAAUGCUAUAGUGAAAGAGAAAAAGGCAUUGAUCGAGAAGAACGAAGACUUAACCGAUUCUUUGAUCAUUCUGCAACACCACCCUGUUUACACAUUGGGCGCUGGCAGUUCGGAAAAAUACUUGAAUUUUGAUGUGAAGAAUGCACCUUUCAAUUUGUAUCGAACCGAACGCGGUGGUGAAGUAACUUAUCAUGGCCCUGGUCAGAUAGUGAUGUACCCUAUUAUGAAUCUUCGGUAUCACAAAAUGGAUCUUCAUUGGUACUUGAGGGCACUUGAGGAGGUGGUUAUUCGUGCUCUGCAUUCGGCAUUUGGUAUUGAAGCUUCACGCGUAGAGGGCUUAACCGGUGUUUGGGUAGGUAAUGCGAAAUUAGCAGCCAUUGGAGUGAAAGUAUCGAAAUGGAUAACAUAUCACGGCUUGGCAUUGAAUGUCACCACAGACAUGACUCCGUUUCAGAACAUAAUUCCAUGCGGGAUUCAGAAUCGCAGAGUCGGAAGCAUAAAGUCUCUGCUCAAAGAAAAUUCUCCAUCUAAACGUUUCACUAUUCUAAUAAAAGUCAUCAUUUUAUUUUCUUAUUUCAUCCCCACCAGUCCACCACUAUGGCACUAUCUCUAUCUUAUUUAUAUAUCUUCAAUCCCACCAACAUUUCCAACAGUUUCAUCAAUGGCUGCUGCUUCUUCUUCUCUGUCAUCUCUUUCUUCCACUUCUUCAACUUAUAAACUACCGCCGCCCGCCACUUCCACCAACCUCAAAGGGCGGCGGCGGCAUUAUUCACUCCCGAUCAUCACAGCCACCGUACCUGAUCAUAAUUCAUACACGGCGGCGGCGGCGGUGGCGCCACCUUAUAAACCAGCCUCCAAUUUGCCAAUCCUGAAGAUCCCCGGAAAUUACGGCCUCCCGUUGAUCGGAGCAUGGAAAGACCGGCAGGACUAUUUCUACAACCAAGGCAAGGAAGAGUUUUUCAAGUCGAGAAUCCAGAGAUACAAUUCAACCGUAUUCCGUACAAACAUGCCGCCGGGGCCUUUUAUUUCGGUCAACCCGAACGUCGUCGUUCUGCUCGACGGGAAGAGUUUCCCGGUCCUCUUCGACACGGAUAAAGUCGAGAAGAAGGAUCUCUUCACCGGCACUUACAUGCCGUCAACCGAGCUCACCGGCGGCUACAGAACCCUCUCCUUUCUCGACCCGUCGGAGCCGAACCACGCCGUUCUGAAGAAGCUCAUGUUCUUCUUGCUCUCGUACCGGCGCGAUCACGUGAUCCCGGAGUUUCGGAACUGCUACGGCGAGCUGUUUCGGAGUUUGGAGGAGGAUAUAUCCGCCAAAGGGAAAGCCGACUUCGGCUCGGCUAACGAGCAAGCCGCGUUCAAUUUCUUGGCCCGGUCUUUCUACGGCGCCGACCCGAACGAGACGAAGCUUGGGCCCGACGGGCCGAAGCUUAUCAGCAAAUGGGUGUUGUUCCAUCUGCACCCGCUGCUGGUUCUUGGUUUGCCGAGACCGAUUGAAGACGGGCUUCUCCACACUUUCUCUCUGCCGCCGUUCUUGAUCAAAAAAGAUUACUGGCGGCUGUACGACUUCUUCUACGAGAGCUCCGGCGCCGUGCUCGACCAGGCGGAGAAGCUCGGCCUGUCACGCGACGAGGCCUGCCACAACCUCGUCUUCACCACCUGCUUCAACUCGUUCGGCGGCAUGAAGAUCCUUUUCCCGAACAUGCUGAAGUGGAUCGGCCGCGCCGGAGCCAAGCUCCACGCCGAACUCGCCGGAGAAAUCCGGUCGGCGCUGGGGUCAGACGGCGGAGGAGCUCCGACCAUGGCGGCGAUGGAGAACAUGCCGCUGAUGAAGUCGGUGGUUUACGAGGCGCUCAGGAUCGAGCCGCCGGUGGCGUCGCAGUACGGGAGGGCGAGACGGGAUUUGGUGGUGGAAUCGCACGAGGCGGCGUUUCGGGUGAAGGAGGGGGAGAUGCUGUACGGGUUUCAGGCGUUUGCGACCCGGGACCCGAAGAUAUUCGACCGGGCGGAUGAGUUUGUGCCGGACCGGUUCGUUGGGGCCGAGGGGGAGAGGCUCUUGAAGCACGUGGUUUGGUCUAACGGACCGGAGAGUGAGGCGGCGACGGUUGCCAACAAGCAGUGCGCCGGCAAGGAUUUCGUGGUGCUGGCGUCCAGGUUGCUUCUGGUGGAGCUUUUCCGCCGUUACGACUCCUUCGACGUUGAGGUUGCGCCGUCACCGUUAGGCGCCUCCGUUACCGUAACGUCGUUGAAACGUGCUACUUUCUAGACCGGAUAUACUGUUGCUUGCUGGCCUUUUUUUUGUUAUUUUUUUAUUAUUUUGGCCGCCGUGGGUCUCUGAAUUUUGAUUGGCCAGUGAUUUUAUUUAAUAUUCUAUGAUUGUCGGUGUACUAGUCCAAUUAGAUGUGUGUAUAUCUAAUAAAAUAAACUUUUUUUACAAUUUUAAAAAA